AUGGCCGAAGAAGAUAACUACAUUUUGGGACGAGGCAUGGCUGCCUCUAUCGGGAGGAUGUGGCUAUUUGACGUUGCAAGACAGCUUCCUCCAACAGUCCAACUGCAUGGCUUCGACAUAUCCAACAGCCAAUUUCCUCCAAAGGAGCUAUGGCCCAAGAACGUGACGCUGGGCCUGCUAGACUCCUUAGUAGACCCUCCGACGUCGCUAGCUGGUCAAUACGAUGUGGUCCAUCUGGGAAUGUGGGCGGGUAACCUGUCUGGAAGUGAUGCGUCGUCAUUGAUUCUCCAUGUGAAGCGUCUCUUGAAGCCUGGUGGGUAUAUCCAAUGGGAGGACGCGGACGUAGUACACCAGUUCGUCAAAGGCGUCAAGGCAGAAGAGUUUGAGCGCCGCAUGGAUGAGUUGUUCAAAAGUCUUAGCCUUGACUACAGCUGGGUAUCUGAUCUACCCAACCGCCUCCGACAAGACGACGACCUACACGUCCUUGAUUUGCAGUGUAGCCGUUUCCAACCGGCCCUGGUACAACUGUGCACAAACACCUACCUUAUGGCCCUUCGAGAGAUGCUUCAGGGCGUGAAAAGAAGGCUAGCUCAAGGCUUGCUGCUUUCGAUUAGUGAGCUUGAGCUUUGGGGAAACACGGAUGGAAUUAUUUAUAACUGGACCCCAAUUUCACUAGUAGCACAAAUGGGGCAGUGA